UUUAUUUUAUCUGUCACUGUCAUUUUGUCUUGAUUGUAUAAAUCCGCGGGCAUUGUAAUAUUUUGUUAAAAAUUUAGUAUAUUUCUUGUUAACAUGGCGAGUAAAGUGGCGGUAGUAACUGGUGGAAACAAAGGUAUAGGCUUUGCAAUCGUUCGCGGCCUUUGCAAGCGUUUCGAAGGUGUUGUAUAUUUAACAUCAAGAGACGAGGAACGCGGCAAAAAAGCGGUAUCGGAACUUAAUAAAGAGGGUUUAAGUCCGCUUUAUCACCAAUUGGAUAUAACUGUGAAGGAAAGUGUUGAAGUUUUCAGAGAUUAUAUCAAAGAGAAAUAUGGAGGAAUUGAUGUCUUGGUUAAUAAUGCUGCUAUUGCUUUUAAAGUUAACGCUAAAGAGUCGGUUGCUGUCCAGGCAGCGGAAACUUUAAGAGUUAAUUAUUUCUCAGUGCUUACAACAUGCGAAGUACUAUUUCCUAUACUUCGAAAUGGCGCUAGAGUUGUUAAUGUUUCGAGUUCCUGUGGGCAUUUGAGUCAUAUAAAGAGCGAGACUUUGAGAAACCGUUUGAAAGACCCGAAGUUAACUAUACCCGAGCUUUCUGAGCUUAUGAAUCAGUAUAUUGAAGAUGCUAAACAAGGAACUCAUUCCGAUAAGUGGGGUAACUCCUCAUAUGUUGUAUCAAAAGUUGGAUUGACAGCUUUGACUAUGAUACAACAACGUCAGCUAAAUGAUAGAGAUAUAAAAGUGAAUGCAGUACACCCUGGUUAUGUAGACACAGAUAUGACAUCACACAAAGGCAGGUUGACUGUAGAUGAAGGUGCAGUAGCGCCACUGUUUCUUGCACUGGAUGCUCCUGACACAGUCCGUGGUCAAUAUGUCUGGUGCGACAAGAGGAUUGUUGACUGGGAUGGACCAAAGCUUAGAGAUGGAUAGAAAUCACUUCUUAAAGUGUAAAAAGAUCCCAUUUGCUUAAAGUUGGAUGCAGUGCUUAUACAAAAUGCAUUUUUGUUAUGUUUAAUCAUGUGUCUUAAAGUUGUAAGUUUAAAGUUUGUUAAUAAAUAUUCUACAAUUUUUGUUAUCAGUAAAAGAAAUUAAAUAUAUUUUGUCUACUAUA